UGUCGUUGGUUUGUCAAACGAAGUUUUGCUGUCAUAAACACGUGAAAGUAUUUGUGAGUUUGUAGGUUAAAAUUACCAAAAAAUAAUACUACAAUGAAGCCAAAACAGAAGAAAACACCGCAAAAGUUACUAUCUGAUAAAAUAGCAGAUGCUCUAACAGUAAAACCACGUGCCGACAUAGAAGAUGAUCAAGUUUUUGGUACAAAACCGAAAACUGUUACGCGUGGUGAUAUUGGUUCUUCAGAUAGCGAAGUCGAGGCAGCUAUCAGUGAUUUUCGUAAAAGGAACGUUGGAUUGUUAAGCGAGGUUAGUAAAAAAUAUGAAGGGCAGGUUGUAUCACGAAAGGAUCUCGAAGAAUCUGGUGACGACGACAGUAGUUCCGAUGAUGAGGUGCCAUACCAAACACAACUUCAGAAGAAGAAACAAGAACUCUCAAAAGAUUCUGACGCAUCAGAUUCAGAAAACGAGUUACCUAAGUCAAAAUCUAAGUCACAAGAAUCAGAUGUCGACGAUUCUGAAUCGGAAGGCGAGAGUGAUGAUUAUAGCAUUAUGCAGUUCAAGAAACAAUUAAAUGAUGAUUCAGAGGACGAGGAAGAUGGUAGUGGUGAUGAGGAAGGCAGUGAUGAUGAUGAUGAUGAAGAAGGAGAAGGCUUUGACAUCAGUCAAAUGGAGGAACCAAUGAAAGAAGAAUUCGAGCAUGUUAAAAAACAGAACAUCUCCGAAGAGGCCAAAAAGGGUAUUUGUGUUCGGAACCAGUUGUUGCUCUGGGAGAACUUGCUGGAGAUGAGGAUACACCUCCAGAGGUGUGUCAACACUGCAAACCAGAUGCCCAUGCCGGAUACCUUUAGUAAUUUGAAAGAAAAUGAAGAUUUUGCUGAGGAGACUAAUGCUACUAAGGCAAAUAUCUCCAAUGUAUUGGAUAAAUUACUAUCACUUCAGAAUUUACUACUAAGCAAAUAUCCAGAAACAAAGACCAUAUCUAAUAAAAAACUCAGCAAGCAACAGGCAGAGACAAAACAAACGAAAGAGGAUAGCGACGAAGAAAUACCGAGUGACACAGAUAAUGAAGAAAUUCCAUCAGACACUGAAGGUGAAGAGGAUGAGGUUAAAGAAGCCCAAACACCUAAAAACAAAACAAACAAAUCCGCACCAGCAAAGAAACGUAAACUCGAAGAUUACGAAUCAGACAUUUCAAACGCCCACAAAGCAUUCAAAACAUUUAGAGACACUUCAAUACAGAAAUGGAAUGACAAGACACGUCUCGCAACAGCAACGAAUAUCAAAAACACACCAACAAAUACUGUCUUACAACAGAUAUCGUACAUUCUUUCUGAUAGAGAAAAGUUGGUGAGACGCACACAGCUGAAAAGGUCCGAAUAUGACAUUGUGGGCUACAAAAAGCCAGAUCCAGAAGACCAAAAUGGAAAUGAGGCCGAAGUCAAUCCAAUAACAAGGGACCGUAAAGACAAUGAUGAAUAUAUCCCAGAAAUUUUUGAUGAUAGUGACUUCUACCAUCAACUCCUUAGAGAAUUAAUUGAAUGUAAAUCCGCAGACAUAUCAGACCCCGUACAGUUGAGUCGUCAAUGGAUUGCGUUGCAACAAAUGAGGAGUAAAAUGAAAAGAAAGGUUGAUACAAAAGCCUCAAAAGGAAGGAAGAUAAAGUAUGUAGUUCAUAAUCAGCUCGUCAAUUUCAUGGCACCUGAGAAAUCAAUGUCGUGGACAGAUGAAAGUAAAAACGAAUUGUACAGUUCACUCUUUGGUAAAUUAUUCGAGCAAAAUAAUAUAGGUCUAAAUGCCAAUGUAAAUGGUUUUAAGUUAAAAAAUUAAAUAAAUAUUGAUUAUUUUAUUUUUAAGCAUC